AUGCCAAAACCCGAGUUAGAAUUCAGGCCCACCAACGACUUUCCUUGGGAGAGGAAGGAAGGUUUUGCUCAGCAGAUACUAGCUUACGAUGCCGAGACAGGAGAUACGACCAAGAUAGUGUCGAGAGAUCCAGGUCACGAGCAAUUUGGUCCAGCGCAAGUCCAUGCCGAUUUCUGGGAGGAGGUAUACAUACUGUCAGGAUCAAUUUAUGACAAGGCUCUCAAGCAGUGGUUCACCGCUGGAUCUUACUGCUGUCGACCGCCUGGAAUGAUACAUGGUCCGUAUACAUCGUGUCCCAACGAAGGAGUCAAGAUGUUCGUCAACGUUCGCUACGUCCGCCAGUCAGAACUACCUGACAAUUCUUGA